CAAUGAGAGGUCGAGUUUACGUCUCGUGGCCAAUAGUAAAUAUCCAGUACCUUGUACUAUACUAUAACUUUUUUUACUGAGGCCAGAAGCUCGAGCCAUCGGGGCUUGCACCUUACUUUUUCACACGGAGCUCUGGAAAUCAUGCUCGCAAAGUGUGAAAACAUCCGGGAUGCUGUGAAGUCGUUUAUUACCGGUUUCUGGAUCACUUUUAGCGUCUGUUCCGUAAGUGUUCACGGCCAGGAGGAUAAUGGCUGUGGACAUACACUGCUGGGCACAGAGUCUGGCACAUUGGCCUCUCAGAACUAUCCCGGAACCUACCCCAGUAACACCUGGUGUAAGUGGAGGCUUCGAGUGCCAGAGGGGCGAACGCUGCGACUGCUGUUUGGGGAUUUUGACAUUGAGAGCAGUCCGGGCUGCAGGAAUGGUUCUCUUGUGAUCACAGACAAGAGCGGGAUACCCAGUCUGGGUCCAGUGUGUGGGAAGCUCGAUGCAUCACUGAACAAUGUGACAUUUAAAAGCAAUGAAGUGACAAUAACCUUCAGGUCAGGCCCACACCGCUCUGGACGAGGGUUUCUACUGUCCUAUGCCACCGACCAGUAUCCAGAUCUCAUUUCUUGUUUACAACGAGGAUCUCAUUCUAGCUCGCAGCUUUUGAGUGUGUACUGCCCUGCUGGAUGUAAGAAUAUCACAGGGGAUGUUUGGGGAAACAAUGAACAGGGUUACAGAGAUACCUCAGUCCUGUGCAAGUCUGCAGUCCAUGCUGGAGCUGCAUCUGAUAGUCUGGGAGGCCGUAUCACUGUGAACCGUGGGAGAAGUCUUACACUCUAUGAAUCCACCUUUGCCAAUGGAAUCCUUUCAAAAAUGGGAUCAUUAUCAGAAAAGAAGCUGCUCUUCAGCCAAGAAUGCAACAACAUCCUGAGUGUUUCUGGUUUAAAUGCCUCAUCUUUCCGGGAUGAAAACAGUCAAGAGUACACAAUGUUCUGGUCCUCCAGAAACAUGGAUUCUAGCCAUGAGUUCCUACCCUGGGCAGCAGGCGGUAAUGAUCCAAACCCGUGGGUGGAGCUGGGGCUGAGUGAUAGAAGCACUAUCGCAGGAAUAAUAACAACGGUAUCAAACGAGUACUACAUAGAAUCCUACAGUCUUUUUUUCAGCAAGGACAGAAAAGCUUGGAAGCUAUACAAAGGUGCUCUCAGCAAAGAAAAAAAGGUGUUUCAGGCCUAUACGGAUGGCCACCUCAGGGUUCUCAACAGCUUUUUCCCUCCAGUGGUGGCUCGGUUUGUCCGGCUACAGCCACUCAGCUGGCAUGGCCGAGCUUUAGCUCAGGUGCAAAUCCUGGGCUGUCCUGUUGCCAAGGUAACACCAAGGUCCCGCUCAGCCGCUGAAUCUCCAUCCAUCCGUGUUAACAUGGACACACCACGGCCCAGCCCCACUCCUCCUUCCCCCACAGAGGGCCCAGUGUUAGUGGAUACGAGACUGAACACUUAUGUUCCUGUACGCUCCAGUCAGCCAGUAAUAGUGGCAGUGGGAGUGGUCCUGGGGCUGAUAACAUGCGGCAGUUGUUUGUUGGCUGGAGUCUGGUGGAAGAGAAGGAAAAAAGAUUCACAAAUGAAGUACUCCUUAACCACAACAGGUAGUCAGAGUUUCCAGGCAAAGAGUCUCUCCUGCCCACAAUCAGAGCUUAUCUCUUACCCUCUGGAGCGAAAUGUCCAUGAUGCUCUACCUAGCCCUCCUCUUAAUGACUAUGCAGAGCCUGCUGUUGCAACUAUUGGACAGAAGGUUGGGUCAACAUUCAGACCCUCCUCAGAUGAGGGCUACACCACCCCCUUCGCCUUCAACCAUUAUGACACUCCUGGCAACCUGCCAGAGUACGCCGAGCCUCUUCCCCCAGAGCCUGAGUAUGCCACUCCAUUCAGUGAGCAGCCCUCCGAGUCCAACCUACCGACUUUGACAGGGAUCGGUCACAGCAAUACACAUGGACCCCCUGUACCGGCACCUACCGCUGGUACCAGGACCACAUCCAGCCACACUCAGUAUGACUGUCCCUCCCACAGGAUGCUUUCCAAUGGCUACUGCACUCCUGCACUACAUGUCAAUGGCCCCCGGCCGGUCAGUGUGGUCUAUGCUGAGCCCAAGUCAUCUGACUCUUUACUACAGAAGCACACAUAUGAGGAGCCUUUGUGAACACAGCAAGCUCAGACACAAAGAAAGAAAAAUAGACUCCUGAGCUAAAAUGUGUGUUGGGACCAGAGGACCACUUGUGGGCGGCGGGGGGGCUCAAGUGGACACAAAGCUGGACAGUGUUGUCCAUACUAGAGUACUAAUGCUGACAGAGCUGAACUUCUAGUGAAUGAUGCACCCAAAGUUGAGAAGUCACUUUGGAUCACGGUGCAUAUAUGAGGGUAUACAUAACUCAUUGUGCACAAUAAUCCGAGAGCCAUAUGGACACAGAUUUUUCCUUCCAGGAAGUAUGUAGUUGUACAGCGGAAGUAUCCUGUGAUGCACAGAGUGAAUACAGGUUCAGUCGUGUCUCAGAUGAAAUGUUUAAUCACAAGCUGCACUUUCAGAAAACACAUACAGCAAUGUAUGCUUCAUUGUAUUUAACAGAUUAAUGCAAAAAAAAAAA